CGACGAGCUUGAUUUCAUCAUUCACCAGCCUAAACUUUGCCUAACUAAUUGGUUAUUGCGCCAAUGGCCAAGUAGUGCUUUUGCUUUAUACUAAUCAUCAUGAUAAUCGCAACAAGGGGUUUUAUUUUGCUGUAGAUUCUUGAUUGCGAAAUAAAAGAUCCUUGAGAGAGGCAUACUCGUCAAUCUCAUUGAAUCGACCUUUCGCGAUACGGUCCCAGUCGCAGCCUUCCUUUGAGGAUAUCACGGCGCUCCCAUGGCGUCCACUUCAUGCCUACGGCCCAUGGCGGCUACAAGACAGCUCUCCUCCCUCCUCCGCAACACCUAUAACCCUUCCAAGACCGCUCGAUCCUUCAUCCGAAACCACUCCUCCUCAUCUGUCUCGGCAGAUGAACUCUCACACUUCUCCGCCCUCGCCAGCAGCUGGUGGGAUCCCGUAGGCCCAUCUCGGCCUCUCCACCUGAUGAACCCGCUACGACAUGACUUUAUCGCAUCCUGCUUAGCUGAUGCUCCUCCUCGCCAUUUACAGAACAACACAGCUUUAGAUGAUGGAGCAAGUAGCUCUACUACAGCACCUGGCUUGCAAUACCUCGACAUCGGUUGCGGCGGGGGCAUCUUCGCCGAAUCUCUAGCACGAACAAUCCCUCUUCCCGAACGAGCACAACCACUAUCUCCAAUCACACACGCGACCUCCCUCCUUGCCAUUGACCCCUCCACGACCCUGAUCCGGAUCGCGCGCGAUCACGCUCGCAUCGACCCAGCUCUCCACGCCCACCUACAAAGCGGCCGCUUCCGAUACGAGAACACGACCGUCGAGGCUCUCUCCGAGACACCCGAUGCCCGCGAGGGCUUCGACAUGGUCACGCUCUUCGAAGUGCUCGAGCACGUCGACAACCCACUAGCCUUCCUGACGAGCUGUCUCCGUCUCGUCCGUCCCGGCGGAUGGCUGGUCGGAUCAACCAUCGCGCGCACCUGCACCUCGUUCCUCGUCAGCAAAGCCAUCGCAGAAGCGCCAUGGCCCAUUGGAGUCGUACCCCCCGGCACGCAUGAAUGGAACAAGUUCGUCAACGUGGACGAAGCCAAGAGCUGGGCUCAGGAGGCGCUGAUGAGAUCGAAGGACGGCGCCGCACAGAGAGCAGGCAGCGAGGCUCUAGAGGAUAUGCGCUGGAAGGCUGCUGGUGUGAUAUAUAUUCCUGGAAUUGGGUGGAAGUUUGUCCCUGGAUCGGAAUACUGGGGUAAUUAUUUCUGGGCUGUGAGGAAGGGUGUAUGAUGUGAUAUCAAUAUACCACCAAUUCUGUAUGUGUAUGUGUAUGUGUAUUCUUUUUUUCCUAGAAGAGAUGGGACCUGAAGCCAAUAGAAAGAAACAAAAGUGACACGGAGAAAAUAAUCUGGAAAAAUAUAUAUAUAUAAAUCAAUAGAAAACGAUGACAGAAAGG